AUCCUGCUGCAAGUUUGCGCAUGCGCCGAAUGGCGAUAUUUCAGUGAUUAUUCUUUGAAAUAACAUUUUUUAAUUAUGAAAUUUUGUCGUUACAUGGUAUAUAUUUAGGUAAAGUUUUAGAUAAUUAAAUUCUAUAUAUGGAACUGUAGAAAAACAAGAUUCACAAAUUACAGUUAUAGAAGUGACUAAAGUGUACCAUUGGUGGCCAUUACAAAACCUAAACUUUUUAUCAGGACAAAUGUCCAUUUGAUGUUUCGGCGACGUUGUGGAGCUGAUCAUAAAUUGCGUACUGUAUUAAUUGUAUCUGAAUUAUCAAUAGUCAUUAUCAGUUGUAAAAGUACAGCAAUCAAUUACUUGAAAGUCCUCGAAGAUUUCCCGUUAGUCAUUUCGCGAGUCGCCGAAACAUCUGUCGUUGCAGUGAAAAUGAUUUUGAGAUAAAUUACAAAAAAAAAGUAUAGUGUAGUGUAUUGAAAACGAGAAAAAAAAGGAUAUUAUUGUUGUUUAGUGUGGUGUGUGGAUUGGUGGUGUGUUGUGUGGCAUGGCGAGGUGGCAGAGCGGCGGCCGACGGCUGUGGUGACAUGGACUGCUGUGCGGUGCGGCCCCGACUGUCGGUGGGCACUGGGAGUGAUCAGGAGGGCCGGGCUUAGCCUGCAUUCACUAGUAUUAUGAAUAAGCGUGACGGUAACAAGGACAAGGAACGUCAGAGCGACGACAAAAGAACUUCCACCGCGACUGGCGCGGUGGGUGGCGGGCGCGGCGUGGGAAGCAGCGCGAUGCACACGUCGCGGCACUCCGUCACCUCGUCUUCGGGCGUCCUUAUGGUCGGGCCCAACUUCCGCGUCGGCAAGAAGAUCGGCUGCGGAAACUUUGGUGAACUCCGGCUUGGAAAAAAUCUCUACAACAAUGAACACGUAGCGAUUAAGAUGGAGCCUAUGAAAUCCAAGGCUCCACAAUUACAUCUAGAAUAUCGAUUUUACAAACUAUUAGGAACGCACGCUCCGUCGACAGCGGAAGGCAUCCCCGAGGUGUAUUACUUCGGGCCCUGCGGUAAAUACAAUGCGUUGGUCAUGGAACUGCUGGGCCCGUCCCUAGAGGAUCUGUUCGAUCUGUGCGGCCGACGCUUCUCCUUAAAGACUGUUCUGAUGAUCGCUAUGCAGCUGCUACAUCGCAUCGAAUAUGUCCAUACGAGACAUCUAAUAUAUCGGGACGUUAAGCCUGAAAAUUUUUUAAUAGGUAGAGCUACGAGUAAAAGGGACAAAAUCAUACACAUCAUUGAUUUCGGAUUGGCCAAAGAAUAUAUAGACUUAGAGACAAACAAACAUAUCCCAUACCGGGAGCACAAGUCACUAACCGGGACUGCGAGAUACAUGUCAAUAAAUACACAUUUAGGAAAAGAACAAUCGCGACGCGACGACCUAGAAGCUCUGGGGCAUAUGUUUAUGUAUUUUUUACGUGGUUCCUUACCCUGGCAGGGUUUAAAAGCUGAUACACUCAAAGAAAGAUACCAAAAAAUCGGUGAUACCAAACGGGCGACUCCAAUCGAGGUGUUAUGCGAAGGACACCCCGAGGAACUAGCAACGUAUCUGCGCUACGUGCGGCGGCUGGACUUCUUCGAGACGCCCGACUACGACCAGCUGCGGCGCAUGUUCCGCGACCUGUUCGAGCGGCGCGGCUACGUCGACGACGGCGAGUUCGACUGGACCGGCAAGACCAUGUCUACGCCAGUUGGGUCAAUUCAGACUGCUCAUGAAAAUAUAGUAUCACCUAACAGAGGGGGACAUCCACCUUUCCAUAAGGGCGCCGUAAAAGACUCUGGCACGGGAGGCACGGCGAACACCGGUGGCAACUGGCCCCACAGUGGCAAGAACACGCCGCUUACCACGGGUCACCUCACCCCAGCGGACAGGCACGGUUCUGUACAGGUGGUGAGCUCGACGAACGGCGAGCUGGGCGCGGACGACCCCACGGCCGGCCACAGCAACACGCCCAUCACCCAGCACCACGAGGUCGAUGUGGUCGACGACACCAAGUCAGUGUUUCAACUGCAAUCCGUGUAUUCCAGAUGCUGUUGUUUCUUCAAGCGCAAAAAGAAGAAGUGUGCGACACGCGCAUACAAGUGACGCGUGUGUGCGUGACACCCGCACCCCCGCGCGCGACCCCCGCACCCCCCGCCUCGACCCUCGCCACGACCCCCCACACUCCGGCCCGCACGCCAGGGGUUGCCAACCCGACACACCAUCGCAGAAUAUCAACGUUAACAGGUUUUGCAUUAUCCAAAAUUACGUUAUCAAUUUUAUUGUAUUUAGCGUUAAGCAUGAUAGCAAUUAUAUAUCAUAAGAAAUAUUUUUGCUUUUUCUAUCAUGUUCAUUCACACCUAUUUAUUUUAUCAUUUAGUAUAUAGACAAUAUGUGAUUAACAAUUGUGACGUGAUAUAAUAUCAUUGUUAAUUACUAUCAAGACCACUGACACUGAUGAUAUUCCAUGAUUAUUUCUAAGCAUCCAGAAAUUCUUGUAAUUUACUGUUAAUAAAUUUUAUUAAUCUCUUGUAUGUUGUUAGUAUUCAAUAAAAUUUAUUCAUUGUAAAUAAAUAGAUAACUUUAAUUUGAAAAUUUAACUACUAGCAAAUGAAUGGUAAUUUCGUGUGUUAAAAUUAAAUCAUUAUUUUGAUAAAUAAAUUGUUUUCAGUAAUAAAUAUUAUUAUUGUUUAUGAAUGAUAAUAAUUAUUAUUAAUAUCAAUGAUGCGGAUAUUCACAGGCGUCUCAUAUAUUUAAACUGUAAAAUAUGAGAAUUGUUUUGUGAAAGAUUGUGAAAUGGGACCUGCCGUACUAUUAAAAUUGAGGAAUUGCUAUCACUAGAACGAUAUAUUACGUUUUUUGUAUAAUAAUAAUCUAUAUAUUCUUUUAUUUUUAUCUCUUAGUUAAAAUUAGCUGUCACUAUAAAAUAUAAAUACAUAUUACAAAAAGAUUGAUCUCAUUUGACGCGUAUAGUACGGCAAGGUGUGCUACUUGACUUUGAAAAUAAAUAAAAUAUUUCUCCAAAAUGUUGGCAACCCCUGUACUAUGAUUGUUAAUUGAUACAUUGAUUGAUGAUGUGUUCGUUUUAGCCUAUUUUUCACAUCGCGCAUUUGUGUUACUUCGCGAUAAAUACUAAGGUACAUUGGUAUAAAAGCCUGUAAUUGCCAGACAUUCUUCAUUUUAUGAAAGUUGAAAGUUUGACUUCCCAUGCUUCUACUAUUGGUACGGUCGCCUGCUUUGCGACAACCUAUUGAGAUAGACCUUCAAUGAUCAAACUUUGAGGAUCUCUAGCGAAGGCUUGCAACAAAUUUAAGAGUCUGGUGACUGAUUCGUCAUGAUAAAAAAUGCGUUUUAUAAUUGGACAAUUUAAAAUUUAGACCAGAGGUUCUCAAACUAUUUUUUCUCAUAGACCACUUUCGAAAUAUAGCAGUAGCACCAUUUCGAAAAAAUAUGUAUAUCUUACUAUGGAUAUUUGCGUUGCGGCUCAGUUCUAAUCAAAUUAACAAUAAAAUUAUUAGUUUUCGAUAGUGUAACUACACAUAAUAUAUUUAUUAGUGUUUAAUGUUUUCGAUGUCUGACUUUGAAAAAUGACAGACAAAUUUGCUCGUGAAUUUUGGUACGAUACAAGUCCAUAGAUAUUUGGUCUGAGUUGAUCUUUCAGCUUUACAGUCCAAACUCCAAAAUUGACUACCGCACUUACCUAUUGUAGGAGCAAUGGACUUUCAGCCUAAAAUGGUACAUGACUGACUAUUACAGGCUUUUGUUCUGCAUUAAGUCUUUUUUUUAAAUAGCAUUGAACAUUUUAUGUAAUAGUUAGGACAUUUGCGUUUCCGAUCAUCAAUUUUAUCAAACAAAUUCCAUAUAUGAAUGCACUUAUAUAAAACAUUAUUCCGUAAAUAAUAACAUAGAUCCGUUUAACAGAUAUAUAUAAACCAGCCUAGGAUUACCAAACAAAUAUAUUUAUUUUUGUUUCUUAUAUAAUUACUACUUAAUUACGUAUAAAACUGUGCUUGGUAUUAUUUAAAUGAAUGUGAUAUAAAUACCCGCAAUACAGCCUUUAUGAGUUACAACGCAGAAUGUGCAAGGCAGAAAUAAUUGUUUUUCGCAAAAUAUCCAAAUUAUAAAACUAUUUUUUAAUGAAAAUUACGUAUUAGGUCUUAAAUGAACAAAACAAAAUUACUUUAUUUUGAUUUGAAGAUGAAAUACGUUAAAAUUACAAAACUCACUUAUUCGAAAAGACUUCUUAUUUAUAUUUGCUUUUAAUGAUUUUAGUCUGUGUCACCUGCGUUUAAAGAAUAAGUAACUAAUAGAGGUUUUUUUUACUGUAACAAUACAAAUUCAGAUGCACACUAAUCUUGAAUCUUAAUAACUGGUGACAUCGAUAAUAUCGUUCUUUCUAUGCUUUCUUCACUGAAGUGCUAUGUAAAAUAACGAUAAGAGAAUAAAAAAGCAUGACUAAUAUUUUUGUGAUUUUUGAGAGAAAUUUUUUUUGUUUUUUUUUUACAGGUCAUACAAAAAACUUACAAAUUAAUUUAUUUUACGUAGACCUGACAAUGUAUUAUAAUUUAAAUAUGAAUAUAAUUAUAUAAAUUCGGUAUUUUACAGAAACAAAUAAGUUUAGGAUGUGUGUGCAACUGAAUUUAAACUGUAUGCGUAAGACUUAUUCCUGCCGAAUUAAGCAAAAUCAUUAUAUUUUUUUCCCUCUUUCAGAAUACUCAAUAGAUAUUGAUUAAUGGAUGUGUGAGUUUAUUUUAUAUCCCUCGUGUUAAAAGCGUCAUGAUGUCACGACAAAUACAAAAUGGCGGAAAUAUUGCAUUGUAAUAAUAUGCUAGUUGACACUUUUUUUAAUGGUUUUAAAUUAACUGAAAAAAAAUCAUCACAUUUUUGAUGUCUAAUACUAAAUCUUAACCAAACGGAGUGUUUGACAAAAAUAUUAGUUAACAAUUAAUUUGACGUUUAGUACAUCAAGUAACAUUGUGUCGUCACAAAAUGGACGACAGCGUUUUUGACGUUUGGAAAAUUUGAAAAAAUACUAUUCAUUAAUUAAUAUGAAUAUAUUUCGUACCUUUAUUUCAUGUAUUAAACGAAAUUAAUAUUGUUUUUAUUAAAUUUCACAUGAGUCAACUACCCUAUUUUUAUACGUACUUUUGACGAUAAAAAUAAAUGACAAUUGAACGUACACACAGAGACAUUAAAUUAUAAUAUAUUUGCGAUAGUUCGGCGAGGAAUAAACAAACAUUUUUUAAAAGAGCGGGCGGACACCGGAUGAAAGGAUAACAAUUAUUUCAACGUCGAAACCUUAAUUUGUUCCAAUUGUGAAACAAUUUAUAAAUAAAAAAACCAAAUAUUGUAAAAUUAAAAAAAAAGUCUAUUUUUGAAAUAGUAUUUCCAUUCAAUUCAAUUCAGUUGGGCAGCUACCGUUGUAUUAUAAUUAAUGUAAGUCGCUUUAACGGCCUUAUUAAUUUUUAUUAUUUUUCAUGGAAUUCACAGAAUCACAAAGUAAAUAAUUAGAAUGUCACCUCAAGCAAUAAUAAUAUAAUGUAAUAAUAUAAGGUAAACGAGAAAAAUCAUGAACAAAGUCUCAAGUCAAAUAUAGGAGAAUCACAUAACGUAGUAUUCAUUAUAAUUAGAUUGUCACCUCAAUCAAUAAUAAUAUAAUAGUAAACGAGAAAAAUAUGAAAAAAGUCUCAAGUCAAAUAUUGCUAUUGUGAAAAUUUGGACUCUUCCUAUAUAUUGCCAAGCGUCUGUUUUUUUUUUAUUCCUAUUCACUCAUUUUCAGCCUAUUUUGAGGUCAUAUUGCAUAGCCGGGCAGUUCUCUUAAUAGAUAUGGAUAUGGAGCUUAAACCCACAUAUUCACUCAGGCUACUCGUAAAUAUGAGUCCAAUUGUGAAAAAAAUAUCGACCAGUCGUAAAAAAUUCCAUUUGACAGGUUUAUAUUUCUUUUGAUCCGAAACCAAUUUACUUAAGACUGGGUUUUAGAACACCACAAGUAAAUUGACUAUUGUAUGAUCAGAAAAAUCAAAAAAAUCGUUAUAUUCCGGGAAAAAGGACCUAAUACUAUUUGCUAAAUGUUACGUACAGACAACUCGUACACAAUAACAGUCCUCGUUACGUCGAAAGUAUUAUUAGAAAAUAAAUUUUAUCUAGUCACGUCAAAGUUUAUUUUGCGGUGAUAACGGAGGCAUCGAUAGUUUUGCUCACAAUUUUAAAUAAUUUGUUUUUUUUAAAUUAGAAAACUGCGAAAAGUCCAUUAUAAAAUUACACCCCCUCUUAGGAGACGGAUUUAAAAAAAAAUCUCCAUUCUUUCAACGAUCUCCGCUUGAAAAAUAACGUCAAUUCGUCGCUCCGUUUUGCAGUGAAAGGCGGACAAACAAACUGACACACACACUUUCACAUUUAUAAUAAUUAAAUAUGGAUUAAUACUUUGAUAUUAUAAUGUUCAUUUAAAUCAUUAAUUUCAUUAAUAAGGCCGUCAAAGCAUUAAUUAAACAUGUAAACAUUUAUGACGUCCAAACACGAAUGUACAAUAACCACAAACAAAACAAUUAUACAUUAUUAUUAUUAUUGAUAAAAAAAACAUUUUGUAUUAAAUAAAAACGUAAUAAUUCUAAUAUUUUUUUUGUAAUAACGCAUACUAGUAUUAUUUUCCAAAUUUAAUGAAAUUUUAUUUUUAUUCGUAGUUUAAAUGAAAUAAUUAAUCAAGUAAUCAUUAAUCGAUGCUUAGAAAAUUUAAUUUUUUUACGAAACACAUUUUUUUUCUUUAUGUUUUUAUUUUAUCUUUUACGCCUUCAUGUGGAGUCAUUCUCUACACAGUAUAUAUAUAUUUUAUAGUAUUUUUUGGAAAAAUCCUUUUUUAUUUUCAUGACAUCACAAACUUAGUUUUAAGUGGUGAACUAGUUUAAGCUAUAUAAUAUUUUAUUAUUUUCAUAUGCACAGACAUAUUUUGUUUUCUGACAAUAAUUUGUCUGUAAAACUUUCUAAAAAUUUAUUUAAUUAAAUAAUUUUAUAUAUUCGUUUUAAUGUUAAUUGGAUGACUCUUAAUUUCUUUUCUUCGUUUCCUGUGUCUACUUAAAAGUCACUUUUCAAAAAAAAAAAAAAUGUGUUACGUAAUGAAUGAAACGCGUUUUUAUAUUAAUUUAUUUUAUUUUUAUACCGUAACUAAAGUAACUCUUUUUUUUUUAUUUAUUACAAACUAACUUAUAUUUUAAACAAAUGAAUAACAAUAAUCGAGGGUCGAUUAAACUGUUAUAAUUACUUUUUUUGUACCAAAACUUUGUCAUUGUGAAUAGGAGAUAUAAUCCAAUGCGGAAAACAGAGGCAAGACUGUAGAGCUUUCUGUUAUGUUAAAAAUAAAAAAAUAUUAAAACACUUGACAAACACUGAAACGAAGGUUAUAUUCAGACUAAUUACAUAAGGACCUGCCUCGCUAGACGUUGCUUUUCUGUCAAAGUAUAUGAUCAACGAUCUAAUGUGAACAUAAAAACUGUCUCUAUAAAAUCGAUAUUUUCAUAUCUGUAAUCGUGUUCGUCGGUUAAAGAGCUCCGUAAAAAUGCCCGUUUGUGUAGUUGAAUGGCGUAAAAACGGUCAACAACUUCUAGUUUAGAAGAUAUAUACCUAAUCUAAUCUCGAUUUCCUCAAAAAAUUACAGACAAUUUUGUUCGUGAAUUUGAGUGCGAUACUAGUCCUUAUGUAAUUAGUCUAGGGUUAUAUUUAACUAGUACAAACUAGCAUUGGUCAGACAUGGGUAUUUCUCGUAAAGCCCUUUAGCGUAGUUGGUAUUGAAUUGGUCAGAGUUCCUGAAUUCGCAAACUAAUGAUGAUUGAUGAAACUAUGAUUUUGUAUUUUCUAAAUUGGCUUUGGUCUUAAAAGUGGUAAAAUCAGGGGUUGAUAUGUACCUCACUCUCUACGAAAGAGUCAUCACUCACCAUCAAGUGAGAUCGCAGGCAAGCAUUAAUAUGUCUAUGAUGCGAUGAAUAAAUGCCUAUGUCUGAAAAAUGUUAGUUCGAUAAAGGCCUUUAACCUUCUGUUAAAAAUGCAAUACACGUCUGAAGAAAAUCCUUCAAAUAAGUAAACUUUUUAAGUUGUCCACUUCAACUUAACAGUCAAAGGCUAAGUUACACUAGGAGUGUUUCUCGAAUGCGUGCAACUUUUUUUUUCUACCCAACAACAAGAUUGUUGGAUCAUUACCAAUCGAAGUAUAGCUCAAUUUAGCAUAAUUGCUUCGAUUCAUUCGCCAAUGUAAAAGGAGUCUCUGAAAUUGUCGGUCGUAGAGAAAGUUUCCUAUUGUAACUUGGCCUUAAUUAAAUAAAAAAAUGCGUACGAAUAUGCCUUGAAUUGUGAAUUGAUUGACUCAUCUCAAAAACUUUCCUUUGGUCUUACAAGUGCCGAGAUGAUUCCAAAUGCUCCGAUAUUGUACAUAGUUGGCAGAGGAGGUGCGGUUGGCGUCAAUGUUUUGUGUUCCCGUCCGUAGCGAUUUAUUUUACGUUUCAUUUCAUGCACCAAUCCUAUUUAUUAUGUCUCAAGUGAGGCGCGAGAUUGUUUGUACCUCAUACUCUCAUCAAGGAUCCAUUCCAGUAGGCCUUGCUGUUGUGCAAAUGGUUUUGUGACUUAAUAUUAGUAUCGAAGAGAACUCUAAAAGAAAAAAAAAUCGAAAUAUGGUUAUGGUUAUUGUUUAAAUUUUUUUUACUCUACACAUCCCUAAGCGUGUUGCAGCCUUGACAGUAAUCUCGAUCGAUAUUACAAAUGCAGCUUAUGCAGUUGGUAUGUGUGUGGCUGGCGUAAAUCUGUUGAAAUCAAGGAAUUACCAAAAAAAUAUUUGACGACAAUUACAUUUUUUUUACUACAUGAAGAGCACGCAAAUCAUGCAAGUUCCAUUUUAUGCAACAACCUAUUAGACAUGCAUCAAACGUCAAAAAAUCGAAAACAUUUGAAUCCGGGUAAUUUACAAUACUCAAGCGUUUAAUAUUAAAACAAUAAAAACAUAUUACUUUAAUAAUCGUGUUAUACAAUUAGUUCAAAGUAUUUUCAAAGUCCUUUUUCUCCAAGUUACAAGCUUUUUGCAUUUCGACAAGUCCUACAGAUCAUAUUCGAACAAAUCAACAGUACAUAAUCAUUUUCUCCAUGAAACCGUAGUUGUAAACAAUUAGUAGUAUCACUUCCCAUUUUAAUUAGGAGACAGUGGUGUUUGGAGCCCACUGUCAGUUCAAUAUGUUAGGUUUGGUCCAAGAGCUAGUGGGAAAUUUUGGUGUUGUACCCACUUAAUGAUGAUACAGAGUAUAAACCAAUAAUAUAUUAUUAAAUUAUAUACAAAUGUUGAUUAUUAUAUGAAAAAUUAUAUUAAAGAAAAUCGAUGUAUCUCUUUUUAAACCCCAUUAUAACUGUGUGAAAGUUCUUGAAAGUUGUUCUAUAGAAUUUUUUUUUUCAUAGAUUUUUUUCACUAGUUUUUUCAAUACUUAAUAGUUAUUUUCUUUUCGGGGUGGAGACAAAUCUAACAAAUGAAAGAUCAUGAAAAUCUGUCCAGCCGUUCUUGAGUUAUAAAUGACGUCAGUACAUUCAUUACAACUUUAUCGUAUGAUACAAAAUGCAUUUUCUAGCAGGAGAUUAUAAGAGAAGAUUUUUAACUUCUAUGGAAAAUCAUUUAAUGUCAUCUUAGUUCGUAAUUCACUUUCUGAAAGUGAUCGAUUUUAGCAAAUAACCUAGUAUACGAGUAAACCAACGUACCAUAUACAUUUGUUUAUAAAAUGAUAUAUUACAAAAGCUACUUAUGCAGUUGGUACGUCCUCAAAAUUUCCACCAGCUCUGCAAGGAUAUAUCUGUCAAAUGUAAUUAUAUGAUUUUUGUUACAUAAGUAAUGAAUUACCAUAACAUAGAUAUCGUGAUUAUACUAAGUUGUGUGUUGUUGAAACUCGUCGCGCGUAGAGUGUUGGACUUUGUCACUAUUCAUAUACAUUGUAUUUAUGUAUAGGUUGUGAGUUUUGUUUAUUUAUUUAUUUAUUUACGUAUUUUGUCAGUUUUUUAAAUGUCACUUGUUUGGGAAGUUCGUAAAUCUGUCGAGUCUAAAUUAACAAUUUUUUUUUACUUCUGCAAAACGCUACAAAGGCUAUUUUAGUAUAUGUAAGGCUUUGAAGCCAGUCAAAGAAACUCAAUGAAUGCAAAAAUGCAAUGCUUACCCUGAGCACUUUUUACAAAUCUGUAUUCAAUAAGGAUUCAUAAUUUUUUUUUGUAUCUGUAACUUGUACUUACCUUAGUAAAAACCUUAUGCAUGCCACAGACCUGAUGUGUGAUUAAAAAAUCAUGUGUUAAGGUGAAUAAAUCCCCAGAACUGUAUGUUUUUGAUUUUAUAAAUACAGGAGUCAUAAUUUAUUGUGUCAAGGACAUUGCCAUUUACUUUUUCAAAUAUAAAUUCUGGAUUUGGCAGGAUGUACAAUAGGUCAAUAGUGCUUGAUGCGAGUUAUUUUUGUUUAAAUUAAUCUAGUAAUUGAAGAAUUAUUAAUUAAAACUACAGUAUUUUCUUAGUGUACUUUAUGGAAAGGUUUCAUUUACCUAAAGGCAAAGUCCAACAUUCGACCCGUCAUUUUGCAUAUUCUAGGUAUAAUUUUGUUUAGUCAUUGUAUAAAAUAAGUUCGAUUUGUGCGAAUAAAACAAUUAUUAUGUAUAUUAAAUAAUCGGCUCCGUUCCUAUAGUGAUGCCACGAUACUUUCCUAUAUGUUUAUUUAUGUAACGCCUAUAGGAAUUCUAUAGUUUUAGUGGAUGAAUGACUUUGCAAUAACUGGGACAAUCUUUAAUAAUCCAAUGCGUUCUUUAAAGACGAAAGUGAAAUUAGGACUACGUAUGAUUCGGUAAGGGCACGCCUAAUAAUAGCAUCACUAUUUAUGGACAUUGUCACUUUAUUAACAAAAUUUCGAAAAUAUUUAAUUAAAAAUUGACGGCUUACAUAGUGUAGAUUCCACUCGCCUAUUAGCGAUAUAAAACUGAUAAUUGUUAUAUGUUCAUCUUCGCUUCAUUCAGAUAGUACAAGAUCCGGCAUAAGAAAUAUAUACCCUCAUCUGUUAUUUAUUUAGGAUAAGAAAUAAACGAUAGAAUUUAACUAGGCAACCUAUUUCCAAUGUGUCACUGAAUAUUAUCUAUCAUUUAUUACUUACCACUUAUAAAUAACAGAUGACGGUAUAUAUAACUUAUGCCCGAUCUUAGACCAAGUUACAAUUAAUUAUAAUUUGUAUCUUCGAAUGAAGCGACUCAUAUAAUAAUGAUCAAACUUCACUAAGUUCAAUUGAUCUUGUAUUAUUAUUGUUGAAAUAUUUAUGUCAGAUACAGAGAGUUAUGUGGAAAAUACAAUUAUUCACUUCUAACACUAAAAUGUUUGACUCAGUGAUGUUGGUAAAAAAGAGGUAGAUAGGUUAUACGCGGGCCGCAAGUGGCACGUUAAAACUGUGCUAAUUAGCAAACCUGAGUUCAGUCGCCGCACUGUCAUCGCGCCAUUGUCUACGCCGCUGAAAUAUUUAUUGUGUGCCAGUUGUAAACAUCGAAUGUGGUUUAUGUAACCUAUCUACCUCUUUUUCUUCUAACAUCAUUGGUUUAAGUCCUAUAAAAGGUGACGUAUUAAUUAGACAAGCCCGGUUUGACGUGAAUGUUAUAUUAUAACGUGCAAUAUAACUUGGUAUGUAUUAAACUUCAUUACAAUAGUUGUAAAAUUAUAGUUUGCUUUCAAUCGAGGACGGCGUAACCCAAAGACUGAUUGAAACAUCAUCGCGUGCACAGCGCAUGUCAAUUUCUAUUGUAAUCUUGCUCUUUACAUAUAAGUCUGGAACAUAUUUAUCAUAAAAUACAGAUGGCAUAUUUCGACCCUGCAUAGAGACCUUGAUGACUGCGCAAACUGUUGGGACGGUAGAAGAUUUUGAAAUGGAAUCGAAAUAAAGAUAUACUUAGCUCUAACGUUCGAGUCCAGAGUGUUUUUCGAGCCAAACUAUAGUAUUUUGCAAUUAUCAUCAGAAAGCAAUUACUAGUAGCUGAAAAGUAUUUGUUGAUUUUUACAUUGCUUAGCGAUCGAAUUACGAUGUGUUGAUUUUUUUUUGCGAUAGGUAAAUCCUAGGUAUACAAGUUAACAGGCAUCCACAGAUCCGCAUCAUACGUAUCGGACGCGUCGCAUCAGACGCGUCCACUGAUCUGAGAAAGAAAGAACAAACAAAGAAACAUCCAAUACAAUAAAUACAAAAAAAAAAUACUAAAAAUGCACAGCGAUUAAUCCAGUAGAAUGAUAAUGACAACAAUUUGUAUAUCUACCGUAAAAUCAUAAAAUCGUUGAAUGCGAUGCGUCCGAUACGUACGAUGCGGAUAUGUGGACGCUUACCAUUAAACAUCCAAGUCAGUUUGCGCAGCGUCUGUAGAUUCGCACUGUGACAUAUCUCGUAAAGAUAAAAUAACGUAUUGUCGAUAUAGACAGCGGCCAAUCGAAUUAUAGCUCUCUCUUUAGUUCCUCGUAACGAACGAGACAGCUAUAUUUUGCGGUUCAGCCGCUAGUGGUCGACUAUAUCUUUUUUCUUCGCGAUAUGUGUUGUAGAACGCUGGUCGGACUUUAGUGUUGCAAAUGUGCCAGAUCUUUUAAUGUAAAAAUCGAUUGUCUUGUGGAUUUUAAGUAAACUCAAUGAUUUUUUUGUAAAUUUUAAAAAUAUGAAAAAAGUAAAUCAUUACUAUUUUAUUGUUAUAUGAGAGACGAAACAACUGUAUAUAUAUUUCUUUGUUUGACCAAAUUUACGUAAUUUGACAUAAUAUGUAAAAAAAAUAUCUACUCGCCCAUCAUCAUGGCUCGCCGAUUGUGUGUUGCUACGUUUUAAAAUUUAAUUAGAAUGUAUAAAUUGUACAGCUUAGGGAAAAUAUCACGUUUGUAUAUUUUUGCUUCAAUACAAAUAUGGCAAACAUUCGGAUCGUGAAUUGCGUAGAAUAAGAUUUGCGGAUGUGAUUCUUGGCAGAGUAACGCCGUGGCUUAGAUACUAUACUCAGAGGCACAAUUAUCCGCCCACUUUAAUAUACUCGUGUCAAAUGAAAGGCGGCGGAUAAUUGUGCUUCUGAGCAUAUAUGUAAAUUAUUUUUACUAUACAUUAUUUUAAAACUAUGUUUUCUUAACUCAAUAGUGUGAUUCCAAUUCGUCUGUAUCUCUCUCUGUCUACAGUAUAAUAUUAGACAGAGAGAAAUGGAGUCGAAUUUAAAACAAACAUGCUGUCAAGUUUUAAAAACAAAGUUACAGAAUAGAGCUUCUUGGCCUGUCGUGUGCUAAGUCGAUUCUCUCUCUACAAACGGUUCGAGAAUUAAAUAAUGUAUGUAAAAGACACUCAUGAUCACGGUCACGUGAUCAAGUUGUCGAUCGGAUCUGUCAUUCCCAUACAUUUCGUUAGUUUACGAAGCGUUAGCGUUUGUAGAAUAAUAAUAAUAGAAGAAUCGACGUGCCCCACAUGGUUAGAGGCCCAGUGGUAUCUUAACUCAUAUACUGUGCUUGUGUCUAUAAGAAGAAAAGUGAUGACUGAAGUCAUUGAAAAUGGUUUCUUUUGUUCAUUAAGAGACUAGCAAAAUGGGUGAAUAUGUUCAGAUGUCAGGUAAAAAUAAUUUACAUAUGCCCUGCGGAAUAGAAAGAAAAAUGUCCAAACCAGUGAUAUGUUAUCAACUCUUUUAGGGAGUCCCAGACUAUCUGUAAAAUAGAAGCAUUUAACCAUCUGUUUUUCUUUCUAUUUGAUCGUAGUUGAUAGCCCAGUAUCUCGAUUCGGCCUAUGUGAUACAAUUCGUCGUGCGUCUUCAAUGUCUAUGAUAAAAUGUUGACGGAUGCAUUGACGUGUUUUGUAUGCAGUGUAUUUUUAAAUAGUCACGGAUAUGUAAGUAGUCAUCACAAAAUUUGUAUCCACCCCUAAAUGAUAAGUCUUAAGCCGGAAACACAUUGGCAACAUGCCAAACCGCCCAACGCUUUGACAAGUAUAGUCUAGGAUCCGACUUAAAGAAUAUAUACCCUCAUCUGUUAUUUAUAUAACAGAUUUGGGAUAAGAAAUAAAUGGUGGAAAAUAUUCACAUUGACAUAUUGCAAAUAGGUUGCCUAGUUAAAUUGCGGCCAGACACAUUUUUCAUACAAAAUCUAGGAAACCAUAACCUACAUUAAAGACAAAUACAUUAAAAUUAAGCAUAAAAUAAGCUUUCAUUUGUCAUAUUAGAUGACUAAAUAACUGACGAGGGUAUUUGUAUAACAUUAAUCAUCUGUUCUGGCAACACCACAGUUGCAGUGUAGAAGCAGGCAACCUUUACGUUCAAUUCUGUUGGGUAUAUAAUUUUAACUAGUGUAUGAUUUUUAUUAAUUAAGCAUAGAGGAAAGAAGGGAAAUUAGGGAAGAGAUUAAAUAAAUUGAAAAAAAAUCAUUUAAUACUCACCGGGUUCAAUUUCACUAGGCAAUCUAUUUGCAAUGUGAAAUAUUUUCUAUCAUUUAUUUCUUAUCCCAAAUAAAUAACAGAUGAAAAUAUAUAUUCUAUAUGCCGGAUCUCUUUCUCGUAUGUUAAAUCAAAUGAAAUCUUAGUAUUGCAGUGGUUUUAAGUAUACAAAUAUGUACUAAAAUUUCAUUUGAUCAUACUUGGGGUGGUACCGGGUCGCGGGGCGUGAAACCAGUGUGUUCGUAACAUUACAUUCGGUCUAAUUGACAUUGGAGUGGUAUUUUUUAACCAUCUUGUUGUGUCGUAUAAAUAUUACUAGAGAAUAUUUCGCUAAUGUGGAGCGAUGUAUAAAGAAGUGAACAAUUUUUGAAUAUCAUAAUGAGUUUUUUUUUAUAUAAAAUAUAUAUUAAUAAUGUAAACAAAAUUAUCCCCCUCGUUGAAUAGAUCGUAAUACCUAAACUUAUUGUACACAUUGCAGUUUAACCGAAAUGUAAUAAUAAAUUUAAGUCUUAAAAGUAAUUCAUAGUUGUACCUAAUUGUUACUUUCUAUUUGCUAGAUAGAAUAAUCAAAUUAGUGUGGAUAAUGAAAUUUAAAGUCAAAUUGUGUGAUCUCUAACGGCAAAUGGUUUUGCCUUUCCCGGUCGCGCUUGUAAUUCCACGCCACGAUUGAUUCGGGGGUAGUAUUUUGCUAUGAACACAUCACGAGGUAUUUAUAUACAUAGAAAAUACUGCUUACUUUGACUCAAAGAUAUCUGUUGGCGUCGGAUGGUGUUACAAAUGUGAUUACGGCAUUAUUCUGCGCGUGUAACGAAGUAUGGCAGCGUGUGUGAUGUGUAAAGUGUGUCGCGAGUUAUUCUGUGGGAGUUUCUAACUACCGAACUGAUUCUAGGACGAAGCAUAGCAUCGGAGAGGGCGGGAAGUAGGUAAAAACUGAAAUUUGAUAUGAAAAAUGUGUUUUAUUUUAUACAUUUAUAAAAUGUAUUUUUCGUGUUGAAAUUUAAUAAAUGAAUUUGGUCAUCUCGUAUUUCUCGCCCCGUGUGUUCAAUUUGUAAUAUAAUUUUUAGUAGCGAUGUUAUACGACCUUUUUCAAUGACGUAUCUGUAAGCUUUUUGUAAGCUAAUACAUGUUAAUUAAUAAAUUAUAUACACUAUAGGCUAGUUGACACUUUUUUUUUAAAUGAAAAAAAUUAUUUUAUAUUAUUUUGAGACGUGAUUGCACGAAAAUUUUAGUUUUUAAAUAUGUUUUUGACAAUACAAGCCAAAACGCCUGUCGGCCAUGACAGUCUAUAUUUCAACUGUUUCAUGACGUCACUACAAGAAAUCGCAUACAAAUGGAGCGUUUGACAAAAAUAUUAGUUGACAAUUAGUUCGGCGUUUAGCACAUCAAGGGUGUUAGUGACGUCACAAAAUGGACGACAGCGUUUUUGACGUUUGAAAAAAUAUGUGAUAUUUAAAUUAAGUUUUCAAAGAAAUCCUUAACUUUUAUUUAUUAAUUGAUAUCGAUAUAUUUCGGACCCUUAUUCCAUUUACUACACAAAUUAAUAUUAAAUUUGAUAUGUGUCAACUACCCUAUUAGACAAAAUAAUAGUGUUGUCAGUGAACUUAUCGAUAGUUUACAGAUUGGUUAUUGAAAAUUGUCGAUAAUGUAUCCCCUACACAUAUGCUUCGACCUAUAAGCGGAUAGAUCCUUCGAGCUAGCUUCAUAAUCACAAUCGACACAAUCAAAAAAGCACCAUUUUGUUUAGAAGUAAAGAACUUCUGUAGAAGUGACCAUGAUGAAUUUAUCGAGAAAGCGUAUAUACGUGCGAGGUAUCGCACCAUGAACUGUGUAGUUAAUUUAAUUUAUAAUUUUUAAAAAUUUCGCUUACUAAGUAAGUCAGUGAGUUGCCGGCUUAAUGACGCACGUGGGAGUUUAUGUGCUAGUUAUAUACUAUUAACUUUAUGUAUACAUGAUGCUUUUGAAACUGAAUUGAAUUCUUAUUGUUAAGUAUAUAUUAUAAAUAAAUAUUCAUUAUCAUAGAAAAAAGUACAGUGUUUAUUUUAUUUUCAUUUUAAUUUUUUUUCUCUGUAACAUGUAAAAUUUGCAUACGCAAUUUGACUUAUAUUCAGUUAAGGUCACAACCUGUUUUCAAAAAUACGAAAAUAUUUGUUAACUCAUAAUUAAAUAAAGCUUAUUAUAAGA